GCUAACCAUGUACACCAGCUCCAGUAUAAAUACCACCUCAUAACCCCUCUUCAUCAUCAGUUCACAGUUACUUCCAGUUCAGUGCUACAACCAUCAUGAGGAUCUUACUUCUGCUAACUCUCAUCAUCUCUCUUGCUUCCAGCAUACCUCUGGUUCAGGAGUUCUUCGCUGCGAUGGAUAAGUACCACGGAAUGUCACGAGGUCUCAUGUCUGGAGGGUUACCGUCUGGAGGAGACAAGGUGACAGAACGGGAGAGAUUCCUGAACUUCAAGCAGUACAAAACGGAGAUAGACCGGAUAAACGGAGACGACAGUAUACCGUACAGUGCGGAGGUGAACAUGUUUAGUACUCUGACAGAAGCGGAACGGAGACAGUACACCGGUCUGAAUAUCUCUAAGUAUGCGGAGGAAGAAACAAAGUUGCACCUCUCUGCUGAACCAAACCUUCCAACUAGCUCUCAACCCAAGUAUCUCGACUGGGUGUCUAGAGGUGCGAAUCCUCCAAUGAAGAACCAAGGAAGUUGUGGUAGCUGUUGGGCAUUCGGUACGAUAUCCUCCAUCGAGAGUACCUACUUUCUUAUGACUGGGGACCUGGUACCGUUUGCCGAGCAAGAACUUCUCGACUGUACCUACGAGACUGAUGGCUGCAAAGGAGGAUGGUUGAGCCACCCUAUUAACUACGUCAAACAUGCCCGACGUCUAGCCAGCAGCGAAGACAAAGUUUACAACCAAGAAGACGGCUCCUGCUCCUACUCCAGAGUUGCAAACUCCCUAACUAAAGCUAGAGUUACCGGCUACCAGACCUACAAGGGAGACUCAGGUCUGAUCUCAGGUCUGAACAAGGGUGUCGUAUCAGUAGCAAUCUAUGUCGGAAACACCUUCCACGUUUACAAGAACGGCAUCUACAAGGAUGUCUCGGGAUGCCAGAAUAAAUCACCAAACCACGCAGUCUCAGUAGUUGGAUACGGGAAUACAGGAGGUGAGAACUACUGGAAAGUGAGGAACAGCUGGGGUGCCCAGUGGGGAGACAAAGGCUACAUCAGGAUGUCCAGGGACGUGUCCAGCAACUGUGGGAUCUCCGAGCACAUUUACCGUCCGAUCAUGCAGUGCACUGGAGAUUGCAACCCUCCCCAGUUCGAUGAGCAGGAAGAGAAGGAAUGCAAGAACCUGAAGAAGGAAACUUACUGCGACAGGUUCUCUGAUCACUGCGAUAAAGGCAGGUAUUACGGUUGGAUGACUAAAAAUUGUAAAAAGACCUGUGGGAUCUGUGAGGGAGCAGAUAAUAACGAUGAAACGAAUGAUAAUAACGGAGGAAAGUGUCCCACUGGCACUGUGAGAUGUUCUGACGGAGUCUGCAAGCACGAACACAUGUGUCACUAUAACAGAGUUUAGAAACUGUCUUAGUACUCUCUCGGUACGAUGUUUUCUUUAUGUAACUGGGCUUAUAUUUAUAAUUUAUACGUAUGUUUAACUUUGUCGAUUGUUUUUCAGGUCUUCUUUCGUUUGCCACGAAGGUUUUGUUUUGUGUUGAGUUGAUGUAACACUGUAACAGUAUGAUAUACUGUUUUGUGUAUUUGUAAAGCAUUUGAUAAUUAUA